UCCAGAACGAGGUAGUAGAUAGGUUUAGGUUAAGUCGCCAGGAAUAGAGACAGUGAUCAUCGGGCUCCCUGAUUCCUAUACCAGUGGUGUUUCAUACACAAACUGACUGGGGACAUUUGUCAAGAAAAACAAGCUUCCUUCGGAUUAAUCUACAACGACCUAACGGACGCCAUGGGAGAGGCCGAGACCCGCCAGAAAUUGCUGCGCAAUGUGAAGAAAGAGGUGAAGCAGAUCAUGGAGGAAGCGGUCACGAGGAAGUUUGUCCACGCAGACAGCAGCCACAUCAUAUCGUUCUGCACUGCGGUGGAGGCGUGUCUGCUGCACGGGCUGAGGCGGCGUGCGGCGGGCCUGCUGUGCAGUAACAAGGUGGCCGCGCUCUUCAUGAAGGUGGGAAAGAGCUUCCCCGCCGCUGAGGAGCUGUGUCACAAGGUGCAGGAGCUGGAGCAGCUGGCGGAGAACAACAAGCACAACAACACCCCCCUCAGCAACGACCGCAGCAGGCAGUCCAAGCCGGCCCACGUCCCGCCGCAGGCCCUGAGACACCUCUGGAUCCGCACAGCACUCAUGGAGAAGCUACUGGACAAGAUUGUGGUGUACCUGGUGGAGCACAGCAGCUCGUUGUAUGACAGAGAAGCCAUGCUGCUGGACCCUGUGGAUGGCCCUGUCCUCGCCUCUCUUCUAGUGGGACCCUGUGCCCUGGAGUACACCAAGGUGAAGACCGCGGACCACUUCUGGACCGACCCGUCGGCCGAUGAGCUGGUGCAGCGCCACCGCAUCCACAGCGGCCACUGUCGGCAGGAGUCCCCGUCCAGACGGCCCGCCCUGAUCCAGAAGAGACAGUCGAGUGGCAGCAUGGACGACCGGCCCCUCAUGUGGGCCAGGGAUUACGUGGAGUCUCUUCAUCAGAACUCCAGAGCCACACUGCUCUUCGGCAAGAACAAUGUCCUGGUGCAGCCAAGAGAUGACAUGGAGGCCAUCCCCGGCUACCUUUCCCUGCACCAGACAGCUGACCUCAUGACUCUGAAGUGGACCCCGAAUCAGCUGAUGAACGGCAAUGUGGGAGAAUUGGACUCCGAGAAAAGUGUAUAUUGGGACUUUGCGAUGACAAUUCGUCUUGAAGAGAUUGUCUAUCUCCACUGUCAUCAACAAGUGGACAGUGGUGGAACUGUGGUGCUGGUGAGCCAAGACGGGAUCCAGAGACCGCCGUUCCACUUCCCUAAAGGGGGUCAUCUGCUGCAGUUCCUCACCUGUCUGGAGACCGGCCUGCUGCCCCACGGACAGCUGGACCCCCCGCUCUGGUCCCAGAGGGGCAAGGGAAAGGUGUUCCCCAAGCUGCGCAAGCGGAGCCCCCCCGGGUCCUGCGACUCGGUGUCGGACAAGGAGGAGGAGGAGGCCACCGACUACGUGUUCCGCCUCCUCCUACCCGGGACACAAAUGGAAUUUGUAGCUACAGAGAUGGUGGACCCGUCGGUCAACUUGUGGCAUCCCGUCCCGAGGAAGUCUUCCUGCUCUUCCUGUUCCCAGAGCGGAUCGUCAGACGGCUCUCUGCCAAACGGGUGCAACCAAGACAGGGCUCCACUGAAGCUCCUCUGUGACACCAUGAAGUACCAAAUCAUCUCCCGUGCCUUCUAUGGAUGGCUGGCGUACUGCCGUCAUCUGUCCACCGUUCGGAUCCAUCUCUCGGCACUGGUCAACCACUCCAUCGUGGACCGGAACGCCCCCAGCGACGCCCGGGGAGGUCUCUCCGUGGAGAUCUGGACCAGCUUCCUCAAGGAUUGUUCUAACUACCAGGAGCAGGACAUUUACAGGCUUGUGUAUUUCGGCGGCGUGGAUCCGACAUUGCGCAAAGAGGUGUGGCCCUUCCUGCUGGGCCACUACCACUUCACCAUGACGGAGAAGUGCCGGACGGAGGUGGAUGAGAACAUGCAGACGGCUUACGGCGUGACCAUGAAGGAGUGGCAAGGCUGUGAGGCCAUCGUGCGCCAGCGGGAGAGGGAGAAGCACGCCGAGGCCCUGGCAAGGUGCUCCUCUGGGGCCAGCGUGGAGAAGGGGCCCCUGAAGAGAGAGUCCACCAUCAGCACAGAUUACUCUCAGGGUAGCAGCUCAGCACAGCAGAACGCCCGCUCACAGAGUGACUCCAGCAGUAGCACACAGGUUUACGGAUCGGUUGAAGACAUGGAUCAAAUGGAGUCAGAGCCCAGAUCUGAGGAAGGCGAAGUCAAAGACGUCAAAGUGGACACUGCUGACCCUAAAAUACCUCCCCCUUGCGACCCCUCUUCUCCAGCUCUGUCCGAGAAACUUCAGGAUUUAGACGUUAAUAUUUUUGUAUCCGGUGCAUCUGUUGGAUCCACCGUCUCCCAGCUGUUGCCAGGCUCAGCAGAGCCUCCCGGCAAAAGUGUCAGCGAGGAAACAAAGUCUGGACUAGAGAUCACAGACACGCAACCUGCUGUCCACCAAUCACACGGCGAGAACGUUCCCAAGACCCCAGCACCGAAGGACAUCACCAGUGACAUCGCCAAAGUCUCGGGAAAUGAAAAGGUUGAGGGUGUCUCCGAAGUCAACACCGCCGCUGAGGGGAAGUGCACUGAGGGGAAGCGCACUGAGGGCGAACCCUUGAACAAACCCGAGUUGGGCACGGAGAAAGUCACGUCACCGAAAACGCCGGUCAAGGUGAUCCCCGCGGGCAAGACCCCGACGAGAGCAGAACCGGAGAACAUGAAUGUAUUAACGCUGGAGAAGGAAGUGCACAACGAGUACUUCCAGGCCCCCCUGCUCGGACAGUCCUUGGCCCUCAAAGCACAAGCGGGCAAAGACCUGGCGCUGUGUCUCCGCAGAACGGGGGAAACCACCCCGGACGUAGUCGCGGCGGACCCCGACAAAUCCCCUCUCCCGACCCCCGCCAACGAGCCGGAGGGAGAGGACACCGACGCCGACAUCUCCGAGCUGUCGGAGCCCAAGAAGGACAAACCCGGGGAGCUCCUGUACGACCGGCCGGGCUCCGACUCGCCGGUCCGGCAGGUGCUGCUGAACGCGCUGCAGACGGCCUCCAGGGGGAGCCUGUCGCUCUCGUCCCACUGCAAGCAGUCCUCGGACACGGCCGACUCGGACGACUCCCCCUCGGCCCUGGAGAUGGAGGACAUCCCCACGGGCAUCACCUGCGUGAGCUCCGGGGACGGCCGGCCCGGGACCCUGAUCAGCCUGGCCGCGCCGCCCCUGUCCCGCAUCCGGAUGAGACUGCUGGACGGCCCGGCAAGCGAGAGGGUCCCGGUCGGCUUACCGGACGCCGGCGCGAACACCAGCCCCGAGGGAACGGAGGCGGGCCUCUCUGAGGACGAGGAGGAGGGAGAGCCGCAGAUGGAGAGCCUGCCCACGAGACAAGCGGCGGUAGAGGAGGCGUCUGUCGUCUGUCCGGAAGGCUCCGGCGAUGGGCCCCUCUUGUCGUCUGGGGAAAGUGCCUACACGCAAGAGCAGCUAGACAUGUAUCUGCUGAACUUGCAUCGCAUCGAUAAGGACGUGAGGCGGUGCGAUCGGACGAAUUGGUACUUCACCCCCGCCAACCUGGAGAAGCUACGCAACAUCAUGUGCAGUUAUGUUUGGAAGCAUUUGGACAUUGGUUAUGUCCAGGGGAUGUGUGACCUUCUCGCUCCGCUGCUGGUCAUACUGGAUGACGAGGUGCUGACGUUCAGCUGCUUCACAGAGCUCAUGAAGAGGAUGAACCAGAACUUCCCUCACGGGGGAGCGAUGGACUCCCACUUUGCCAACAUGCGCUCCCUCAUCCAGAUCCUGGAUUCUGAGCUGUUUGAACUGAUGCAGCAGAAUGGAGACUACACCCACUUCUACUUCUGUUACCGGUGGUUCCUACUGGACUUUAAAAGAGAAAUGGUUUACGAUGAUGUGUUUUCGGUGUGGGAAACCAUCUGGGCAGCAAAGUACACCUCUUCUGACCACUUUGUUCUCUUCAUCGCCCUGGCGCUCGUCGAGAUGUACAGAGACAUCAUCCUAGAGAACAACAUGGACUUCACCGACAUCAUCAAGUUCUUCAACGAGAUGGCUGAGCACCACAGCGUGCCCAAGGUCCUGUCGCUGGCUCGCGACUUGGUGUACAAAGUCCAGGCGCUCAUAGAAAACAAGUGACGACGCACGCCUGCCCCUACUCACUUCUCUGUGCUAUCAUCAUCGUGUGUGCCAAGUUGUGACCACAAAAGAGGUUCUAGUGACACAAUCACAUUAUACUCAUGUACUCUAAGAGGAAAGACAGAAACACAGACGACUCCACAGGAAGAUGUGUUACCACAGCUGAGUAUUCUGCAGUAGUCAUGAAGCAGUUUUUUCGGUUGCUAGUCCCUUUUUCAGGUGACACAAUUAUUUCUGGGAAGUGUAUAAAUGUGCGUGUGCUUUUGUUCACUCGGUGAAUGGGACCUUGUUAAAAGAAAAAUCGCUUCAGGACAUUCAUUAUUUUACCUUAGAUUGAGCUAUGUGUUCAGGGAUAGCGUUACCAAAUGAUUCAGUUAUUUUUGUUCAGUUCUUGCAGAGCUAUGAGAGAGAGAGAGAGAGAGAGAGAGAGAGAGAGAGAGAGAGAGAGAGAGAGAGAGAGAGAGAGAGAGAGAGAGAGAGAGAGAGAGAGAGAGAGAGAGAGAGAGAGAGAGAGAGAGAGAGAGAGAGAGAGAGAGAGAGAGAGAGAGAGAGAGAGAGAGAGAGAGAGCGCGCCAUGCCUGGGUGGGCAAAGGGUGGACCAGAAUGAAAGAAUUUGGAGGAAGAUGAUCUUGAUGGAUGUACUUGUGGAUGGGUGCGUGAUUUACUCUUGAGAAUCUUUCUAGUUCAGAAUUCUAAUAUACAUUUAUUUAUUUAUUUAUUUAUUUAUAUAAGACAAAUUUAGAAAGUGCAGGUUUAUGAUCUCAUUUUCGAAUAUAUUGGAACAUAAUGUGCAGAGCACUCAUUUAGUUCCUGGAAACUGAUCACUUUCCUCCAAAGCCAUCAUUAGAUAAAAUAGCCUCACACCAGUUCUCUUGAUGAUGUGUGGGGAUAUAGGCGCAACAUGGCCAUGGUACAAUCAACGUGUACCCAUUUGAGCACCAUUGGUCAACGUUGGUCAAUGUUUUAAACCACAUCUGAAACGUUGCUCUUCAAGGUGUCUUGCUGACACCUUGGGUGGGCCUGAGCUACCCUGUCAUGGCAACCGACCAAACCUUACCCUGUCCCCCUCUCAUAAACGUUGUUAUGUUCAUAGUUGUAUAGUUGUCCUACAACAUCUAUACUAAACGGUGUUCUUUUGGAUAUCUAGUUUCUAUGCAAACAAUGCAAACAAGAAGUCAACAGAGGUCCGAUAUCUGAGAGAUGAUCUUUUAGCCGGUUUAGGGUGAGGUUAGCCUGGUCACCGGCCAGGGGCUGAACCCCCAUUUGAGAUACCCCUUAGACGUUAAUGCUAUGGUUUCACGAGAUCCACAUGGUUUUAAAUACAGGCCAUAAUACAGACCUUUGCCUUUCAGCUUCAUACUGACUGCUGCCAUCAAGACUGAGCAUUGUCUGAGGUUACUAGUAAAACGGUUAUGGCUAGGGCAAAGAUCCCUAAUGCAUAGCACAAUGAAUACAAUGAUGAAGAUACAGUGAAGAUGUGCAGCAACAUCAACCUUUGAUUUCUCAAGUUCAUGUCAUGAGAGUGGCUUUUAGUUUGCCUUUGCGUUCUAAUCAAUUUGCCUCCAGAACUUUCCAUUUGCAACACAUCCCAUCGACAUAACUCCUUUCACCGUUUAAUUUGCUGGCGUCUCUGAUGGGCUGUCAAAACAGCCUACGGUUGCCUUAUUUCUGCAUGGCUGGAGAUGUGUUUGAAGGCGGUGAUCACGGUCUGGAUGUUCUUCAGCCUUUCACCAGAAAGGAUGCUUCCUCACCAGCAUUCACAUCCUUGCCUUGUGGAUGAUAAUUCCCCCUUCUUAUACACAAACUGUAACACACAAAUCUAUUAUCCCUCGAGUUUAUCUCUAUCUAUAUUGACCUCGGUCUUCUUUGGAGUUCCUUUACUCGAUGGACUGAUUUUUGCCUUCCUUGUUAGUGACGUUUCUCCCAAGCAGGGCAGAGAACCUUGAUUUUGCUAUCCUAGACGUAAAAGAUGAACACAAUGACUUUUAGUCAUCCACAGCCAUCUCUAGUGUUGGUGAAAGCCUUAAGUAACUAUAUUGCCCGGGACGCUGCAUUUGAACUGUUCACAAAACCACCUCUUUGGCUGUCUUCUGAUCAUUAUGCUUGAAAAACAAACAUCACGGAUAGCUUUACACAACAGACCAGAAUGGGAUGGUGGAUUUAUUACGCAAAUGAAAAAGAGCACAUUUACUCUCUUGUCAUUGAUACUUCUCGCUCGCACAUCUGCUGACAUGUUGCUGUGUCCCUGCUUUAUUCAAUCUCUUGUCUUGGAGUCGACUUCACCUUUAGAAAUGCCCCAUCUUCAUCUGACCGCCCUUGCCUUACGCAAUUGUCCGUUGUCCCCACUGCGUCUGGUCCCUUAGUAACUGUUGUGCGGCAUUCGAGCAGAAUGAAGAACCAUCUGAGGCCAUCUCUUUAUUUAUGUUUUUAAUUUAUUUUGCUCAGAGAAACGCUGCUGCUACACCCACCUUUAGGUGCAAAUGAAAAAAUUGACCUUCCUUUGGCUACCGUGGACAGUACACUCACACACACACACACGUUUUGGCUAUGGAUUUUUCAGUCACAAUUGCACAAUGGCCAGGAUAAUUCCAUAACAUUGGGUCGACCGUGGCUUAUUUUCCAGUGGUUCUGUAUCAGUGCUAACAUGUGUCUCAAUAUUCAAUUCUGAUACAUUUACUAUGUGUGUUGUCUUUGAUGUAUAUGUCGUGAGAUUUGCAGUGUACUCUAUGCUAUGAAACUAAUUAAUUUGUUGUGCAAUGAAUCUGAUAUAUUAAUAGUCCAUUAAUAUAUUCCACAUGUUUGAAAUGCAAUACAUGGUCCGUGCGUGUGCUUUACCUAAGUAGAAUCAUCUGAAAUAACAUGAAAAUGAGCCAAUGAAAAUAAAUAUAUUUUUAUUUUUUCAAUGUCCUCUUAAAUUGUCAAUUCACUAUUGCAAUUAUUAAUUUACUGUCUAUUAAACAAUCGGUAUAUUUUCA